GAGUCUGUCAUCCGUCUUGGCCAAUCGAUCAAAGCACCCCUAGUUUAAACUUUUCGUGGAUACCUUAUUGCUUGCCUAUUCCUUGAUCGAAACAUCUCUUUAUUCGGUGUAAAAAGAAUAAAAGGAAGCAAUGUUUAUACAAGUGGCAGAUGAAAAUCUGAAUAUACACUGACGUGAAGGUACAAGCUGAGACUCAUCAAAAUAAAUACCUGAAGGCUCCAGGGACCAACGGAUAAACAAAUGAAGACUUAGCAACAGUAAAGGAACAGCAAUUGCAUCCUCUCACUCAUUAGUAAAUCCCUCAUUGCUGUCAUCCUCAACUACUAUUCAUUGUGGAACUACUCCUCUUCGUCAUUCUUUAUCAUUUUCCUCCUCUGCUCCCUCUCUGUCUUCGGCCAUCCCAAUCUGUCUUGCCUCAGCUAACAGUUGUCGCCCUGAUACGCCCUGCCAGUAAAUGGGACGGGCGUCAGUUUGAGACUAGGUUUGUAUUUGAGAAUUUACGAUGCAGACUAUAAAAUGUGUAGUUGUAGGGGACGGUGCUGUGGGAAAGACCUGCUUGCUCAUCUCCUACACAACCAACAAGUUCCCCUCAGAAUACGUGCCUACGGUUUUUGACAAUUAUGCAGUGACAGUGAUGAUCGGGGGUGAGCCCUACACACUAGGCCUUUUUGACACCGCAGGUCAGGAGGACUAUGACAGGCUGCGUCCUCUCAGCUAUCCACAGACAGACGUGUUCCUUGUAUGCUUCUCUGUCGUCUCCCCUUCUUCAUUUGAGAACGUCAAAGAGAAGUGGGUUCCUGAGAUUUCUCAUCACUGCCCACGCACGCCCUUCCUGUUGGUGGGCACUCAGGUGGACCUUCGGGAGGACAGCAACACCAUCGAGAAGCUGGCCAAGAAUAAACAGCGACCCCUGUACCCCGACAGCGCAGAGAAGCUGGCCCGUGAGCUCAGGGCAGUCAAAUACGUGGAGUGCUCCGCUCUCACGCAGCGAGGACUUAAGAACGUAUUCGACGAGGCCAUCCUGGCUGCACUGGAGCCCCCGGAGACCAAAAUCAAGAAGAGGUGUGUUCUUCUAUAGAUGACGACAGCAGCAGUUGGAAACCAAACGGUAUAAGAAAUGUGUUGGGGGGGCAAAAUUGAAAUAUCAAGUGAGUUCAGUAGCCAAUUAAGACAAGGGGAAGGUUGGAAGAGAUGUAAGAACGUGGUUAUGGCGAUUGUGCCUUCAAAAAAAAAAAAAAAAAGAGUUGAAAGAAAGCCAAUGGAGAAAAAAGGUCAGUGUGCAGUAAACUCGGGUAGCAUCACCCAUCUCCUCAUCACCAAAAGCUUUUAGAAAGUGCAGUGUUCUCCACAAAUAUUCCAAUGGGGCAGGACCCCCUCCCUGCCUCACUUAAUCACCCCCUGCCUCCCUUUUAAAGAGUUUUUUUUUAUUAUUAUAUAAUUGCUUUUUUGCCUCCUGGGCUUGAUGUCAUGUGACCUGCUGGGGCUUUUCCUCACAGUAAUGGAGUACAAAUAAAAAUACUUUACACCUUUUCUUUUAUAGUGAACUUUGGUUAGUACCUCUAAAGGGGCAACUUAAUGAUAUGUGGUACUCUGCUUUAUUUCUGACUGAUUGAUGGAAGUACGCUCCAAAAAAGAUAGCAGUCUGCUCCUUUCUUCCAACAGUCAGUCAUUAGUGGGGAGGCCAUUUUCAGCUUUUUCCCUUCUUUGGGUGACUUAAAAAUUUGUAUUUUAUUCUUCCUUUUGUGUAUAUUGUAUUGAUUGUGACUUUAUUUUGGGACCUUUUUUUAGGUGUAAUUUUUUUUAACUUGAGGUUUUAUUUGUUUCAUCACUAGACUACCAACGGGGUGAUUGAUAAAAAAUAAAAAAAUAAAACAAAGAAAGGAAAAUUUAAGCUGUAAUAUUUUGCAUAGAUCUCAAUUCUGAGUGAUUGAGAUGUUAACCUUUGCUAGAUAAUUUGUGGGAGUUUGUAAUCGCAUAAUAUUUGUAAUAAAAAUGGUUUCAUUGACUUGAACACAAGCACCUUGUUUUGACCACAUUAAUACCAUAUAAUAUCACUGGCGGUGUAUUGGUAUACACUGGGAGGGUGGUGGUGGUGGAUAAAAAUACCUCAUAAUGUUUUUUUUUUCUUGUAAAUUAAACAUUUGUACUUCAGGUAUUACUUAACAGCUUAUUAAGGUAAACUUGUUCUCCAUUGUUAGGGCAUUUUCUUGUUUCCCACGGUCCUCUUUGGGAUAAAAUGUGUCUCCUUAACAGUUUAGCAAUUUUGACAUCGUGGGGGAAGUACUUUGCAAUAAAAACACACUUUUUCUUA